AUGCGUCUUCUCAGAGAAGCUCUUCAGUUCACACCCCCUGGGUACGCCCCACCUCCCUCAGCCCAAAAGGCAGUUGCAAAGCCUAAAUCUAAGAUUUCAGCCUCACGCAAGCUAUCCCUGAAGAUCCUCUUGCUGACUCGUGCAACAGAACAGCUGGAGGCAGAGAAGGCUGCUAGAGAGGAAGAGAAGGUCCGCUACCUGGCCGAGAAGCUUCCACCGCUGCAGUUCCUUGGUCUUAACAGGGAUGACCUGCAGAAAGUCUGUACUGAAAUCCAUGAAAAGAUAGAUAAGGUGGAUGAGGAGCGGUACGACUAUGAGAACAAAGUCGUCAAGAACAACAGAGAUAUCCACCAAUUGAAUCUAAAGGUUCAGGACCUUGGAGGGAAGUUCAAGAAGCCAGCUCUGAGGAAGGUGAGAGUGUCAGCAGAUGAGAUGCUGAAAGCUCUGUUUGGAUCCAAAAACAAGUCCUCCAUGGACCUCAGGGCAAACCUCAAGUCUGUAAAGAAAGAAGACAUCAAACAAGAGAAGGAGCUGACCUUGGAGGUGGGUGACUGGCGUAAGAACGUGGAGGCCAUGUCUGGUAUGGAGGGCAGGAAGAAGAUGUUUGAUGCAUGAUGUUAGGGGUUAAGAACUGAUUGGAGUUUGUAAUU